AUGAUUCUCGCCAUUGUUACCUACUCGGCCGUGGUCAUCGGUCUGGUAUAUCUCGUCUUUACAUUCCCCAGGGUAUGCACACUCGGUUUCAGUACAUGGCCAACGCGCGAUCAUCAUCCGCUGACCAUGCUGCCUCGCCAGCUACAACAAGAGUGGAAGCUAUAUUCCCACCGCUCCCAGCUACCGCCGGGGCCCAGGACCAUCAGGACCGGCCUCAAGAAGCCAUGGCUCUGGUUCCGGGAGCUGAGCCGGGAGUACGGCGACGUCGUCUACCUCCAGAUGGGACCGACGCCGACCAUCGUCCUCGGCUCGGCCCAGGCGGCGUGGGACCUCCUCGAGAAAAAGGGCGCCGUCUUCUCGUCGCGGCCGCGCUUCAUCAUGGGCGGCGAGCUCCUGUCCGGCGGCAUGAGGGGCCUCAUGGCCCCGUACUCGCCCUUCUGGCGGCGCUGGCGGAAGCUCCUCCACGGCGGCUUCAUGCAGAGGCAGAGCGAGACGUACCGGCCGGUCCAGUGCCUCGAGUCGAGGGUCCUCAUGCACGAGCUCCUCGCGAGCCCGGGGGACUUCCGGAGGCACAUCGAGAGGUAUGCGGCCUCGGUCAUUGUAACGGUGACGUACGGCAGACGGGUUGAGGACGUUGCGACGGACGUCGUCGUCCGGAGGAACGCCGAGUCUAUGGGUCGUCUCACCUCGGUCAAGUACACAACUCCCCACCGCCCCGGAGCCUUGGAGCCCAAACUUUGUGAACUGACUUCCACCCCCUAUCACAGCAUCCCUGGAAGGUUCGCGGUCGAACGGUACCCCGUCCUCAAGCACAUCCCGAGUUUCCUGGCCCCGUGGAAGGCCGAGGUCUUGAGACAGAGACAGAAGGACAUCCAGCUCUACACGGAGCUCAUGGACGAAGUCCGGCGCAAGGUGGGCGACGGCGUGGCGCCGGCCUGCUUUGCAAAGCACCUGAUACAGGAGCAGGCCGCUCUCGGCAUGACGGAUCUCGAGAUCGCGUACACCGCGGGAUCGCCCUUCGGGGCCGGCGUAGAGACUUCGGCCGGGUCUCUGGCCAGCUUCUUCCUCGCCUGCGUCAAGUUCGGUCCGCGGUUCAUACCAAAGGCGCAAGAGGAGCUCGACAGAGUCGUCGGAGGCGACAGGCUGCCGACCUUCCAAGAUCUCGACGGCCUCGCGUACGUCCGGGCCAUAGCGUCCGAGACCCUACGCUGGCGGCCGGUCGCCGUGCUCGGGGGCACUCCCCACGCCAGCACGGCGGAUCAUGUGUACAAAGGCAUGUUCAUACCAAAGGGGAGCACCGUCAUCGCGCCCCUGUGGAGCAGUAAGUCGGACCGUGGCUCGGCGGACAUUGGUCUCGCGCUUUUUGGAAAUGUCAACCUCCACCUCAACGAGGCCGAUUUCCCGGAGCCCCACGAGUUCCGGCCGGAACGGUUCACGGAGCAGCGCGAGUAUCCGGGGACGCUCGGCCACAGCGCCUUCGGCUGGGGCCGCCGCGUCUGCCCCGGCAUGCACCUCGGCUCGGCGUCGGUGGCGCUCAACAUCGCGCGAGUGCUCUGGGGGUUCGCCGUCGGGCCGGCCAAGGACGAAAAGGGGAGGGAUGUCGACGUUGACAUAUUCGCGUAUUCAGACGGCUUCAACUCGAGCCCGCUGCCGUUCCCGUGCUCGAUCACCCCCCGGUCUCCGCGCCACGCUGAGGUUAUUGGAGAGGAGUGUGAGAGGGCGUUGGAAGAGCUGAGAGAGUCUAGUGUUGGUCCCGGCAAGGCGUCCUAG